AUGUUCAGCGUGUCGGAGACCACCGACUCGGAGGAGAGCACCACCCCCUUCUGCCCAAACCCGCAGAUCCCACCCGAGCUGAGCGGCUCGGCGUCAUCGGCACCUGCCGGCCCAGCGGUGGCCGGCGGCAGCCCAACACCGUCUGCGCACGUCGCACGCUCGGCCACGCCGGCCGCGGCGCCGGCGAUUCCGGCGGUGCGCACGCCCGGCACCAUCACGUUCGCGUUCACGCCACGCAGCUUCCCGUCAGCAGCGCGGGAAAGCCGCUCGCAGGAGGAGCAGCAGUGGCUACAGAAUCAGGCGGCCGCAUACCGCCGCGACGGUGCACUGAACGACGAGGAUAUGCGACCGCACGAGCGCGACCCACGCUGGCUCAAAGAGCGCGGCGACACCUUCUAUCAGCGAGGCAACUACCUGGCCGCCAUCAACGCCUACAGUCACGCCAUCCGCGUGUCUCCCAACGCUCCUGAGCUCUUCGCCAACCGGGCGGCGUGCCACCUGAAGCUCAACAACUAUCACAAGACGCUGGAGGACUCGUCGUCGGCGCUGGAUCUGCUGAAACCGCCGGUGCAGGUCAACCAGACGUCGCGGCUGCGCUGUCACGUGCGGCGCGGCACUGCGCUGCUCCGCCUAGCCGCCUUCCAAGAGGCACUGGCGGAAUACCAGAUGGCACUCAGCCUGGACCCGACCAAUGAGAAGCUGGUGCAGGAUGUGGAGAUGGUCAGGAAGCUGGCCGAGGAUGCUGACAGCGAGGACUGAAGACGUCAGCACGCUCGACUAGCGGACCUUUGCUGGCAUGAAUGUAGAAAUUGUGUCAUCAUGUUGUUUCACAGGUUGAUUGCGAAAUACAUGCACAUCCUUAUGAUUAGUGUGAGGAUAUUGUCAUGCUAUGCCUGUAGAUGGCAGUGCAUGGUGACAUAUAUAUACAUGGGUGGAGUGCCAGUUAUUUGUGGAUGUCCCUGCCAUAGUGCAGAGCAAUACACAAAACAAUAAUGAA